AUGGCUUUAUAUGACAGACGUACAUCUUUAGAUAAAAAUGAACACUUUUAUACCGAGAAUGUGAUUAGGAAUUUGGAGACAGGAUUAGUCGUAUCGGUCAUAAGUCCGAAAAAGAGGGCUGAGCGUCUGACGAUCAAAGUCAUUCUGGAAACAAAAGAGUUAAUCUGUAUCAGAACUCAAGGAGCUAGACCAGAAUCAACAAUAAGCUUACAACAGGUUAAGGAUCUUAGAGUAGGAAAGAAAAGUAGUGAUUUUGAAAGAGCCGAAGAAAUUCAUAAAGUUGAUGGUAAAUUGUGCUUAGUUUUACUAUACGGCAAUGAGUUUAACCUCAAAACAUUUUCUAUGGAAGCAAGAGAUGAGAAGAGUUUUAAGAUAAUUUUUGAUGGUUUGGUCACAGUGUUACAACAAAUCAAAGAUUCUGUUUACAUAGAUCAUAAGGAUAGAUGGAUUUGUAAACAAUUUCACAACGCAUUAAAACCAGGCGACUAUGCUUUGUAUUGUUAUUCUACUGAAAAGAAAGAUCGCGUGAGGGUAAAUCUGAAAGUAGUCAAGGCAUGGUUAGCAAGAAUUAAUUGUAAAAUCAAGUCUAAAGAUUUUAAAUAUUUUGUCAAGAGAUUAAAGUUAAAUGAUCAACUGUCCUUUCCAGAGUUCUGUUUGUUAUUUUAUGAAUUUUUACAACCUAAAUCUUUAUUGGAUGUACAAUUUGAGAAAUAUUUCCCUUCUAAUGAGUAUAGUGAAGAUGAAAGAACAAUUGGAUUUGAAACAAUCAGAUCAUUUUUUAAAGAAGAACAAAAGAUUGAUUCAAAUCCAGAGGAAGCCAGAAAGAUGAUGCUUAAAUUUGUGCAGGAUCCAGUUUAUCUCAGAAGUGGUCUGUACAUUACAGAAAAGGAGUUUAUUGAUUUCCUGUUUUCACCCCAGAACGAAAUUUUCCAAAGUGAUGAAUUAACGGAUGACAUGGAUCAACCAUUAUCAUCUUAUUGGAUAGCUUCAUCACAUAACACAUAUUUAACUGGUAAUCAGAUGUCCAGUGAAUCUUCAGUAGAACCAUAUGCUAGAUGUUUACAGAUGGGCUGUAGAUGUGUUGAAUUGGAUUGUUGGAAUGGUAGUGACGGAAAUCCUAUUAUAUUUCAUGGUAAAUCAUUAACAAGUAAAGUAAGACUGGUAGAUGUCUUGUGUAUUAUCAAUGAAAAUGCCUUCAAAACUUCUAAAUUUCCUGUCAUACUUUCAAUAGAAAACCAUUGCAGUGUACCACAACAAAGACUUAUAGCCAAAAUGAUGCUUGAAAUCUUUGGAGACAAACUGUUAACGGAACCUAUUGUAACUAGUAAUGGUUUACUACCUUCACCAAACCAACUUCAAAAUAAAAUCAUUCUAAAGGAUAAAAAGUUACGCGAUGGUUCGUAUGAACUGGUAAACAUUGAUGUUGAUUGUGAAGGAAAAGAUGAUGCUAAAGUUAGUGGUGUUUUACACAUGAAAGACAAAGCCAGUCAGAUGUGGUUGCCAUAUUUUGGGGUAUUAACUGAUAAAGUAUUAAUAAUUUCACCACCUGAAGAAGAGGAAGAUGAGGAAGAUGAUAUCUAUGAUUUCCCAUACGAGGAUAUAUAUUCUGGUGAUGAUGAUGAUAUAACUAUACAGACUUGGUACCACGGUUUUUUAGAAAAUCAUAAAGAAGCUGAAAAAAUUAUCAAAAACAUUCCAACCAAGAAGGAAGGAACAUUUUUAGUUCGAGAUAAUAAUCAGAAUGGAUACACUUUAUCAUUUUGGAAUAAUGAUAAAUGUAACCAUUGUCGUAUCCAGACAGAGAAGGGACAAUAUUAUUUAAAUGAGACAGUAAAGAUGGAUUCAAUAACAGAAUUAAUAGAGCAUUAUAGAUCCGAACCACUAUAUUUAACUCCAAAUAAAUUUAUAUAUUUAUCAUCACCAGUUCCAGUCAAACCUGAUUUCCAAAAUGAAAUAUGGUUCCAUGAUAUAAACAGGGAAAAAGCUGAUUAUACUUUACAAUUUGCCAAAGAAGAUGGAACCUUUUUAAUUCGUCCCAGCAGUGUUGAGAAUUGCUAUUCACUGUCUAUGAUACAUAAUCGAAUUAUUCGCCAUUUCCCAAUAGAGAGAGAAGGUCGUUUGUUUGCGUUAGGUUCCUUCAGAUUCCUACAAAUGAAAAAAUUGAUAGAUUUCUUUACGAAAAGGGCUGUGUACAAAAACUUGAAAUUAAAGAUACCUGCUUCUCCAGAUGCAUUGGAUUAUAAUUUGUGUGCCGAUACUCAAAUAUAUGAGGACAUUUACAGUGACGCUACAGUAGAAGAGAAAAAGAUAAAAGUACGAGCACUGUAUGAUUUUAUUGGUGACCAGACUCAGCUAUCAUUUAGACGUGGUGCUAUUAUUACCAAUGUUACUGAGGAAGAUUCUCCAUGGUGGAGAGGUAACCAUGGUGAUGGUGAAAAUUUAUUAUUUCCGGCCAACUAUGUGGAAAUACUAGAUAUUGAGAAUGAAGUAGAGAAGAAAACGGAAGAACUGAGGUUAAAGUUAGAAGGAUGUUUGAUGGUUUUGAUGUUUUGGGAGCAAGAACAACAAAAGAAGGAAGAAAUGGUACAAGGAAGAGCUAAAGAAUUAUCCGAUCUAAUUAUUUAUUGUCAAUCUGUAAGAUUUCAAGAUGAUGGUCUUGGUGCAAAAAUUGCUGAAAUGUCAUCAUUUUCUGAAAAUCAGAUCAAACAGUAUUUUACUAAAGAGCGAGUCAGUAUUAUUACCAGGUAUAACCAAAGACAGAUUAGUCGUGUUUAUCCGUUUGGUCUCAAAUUAUUGUCAGCUAAUUAUGAUCCAAUACCAAUGUGGAGUGUUGGUGCACAAUUGAUAGCAUUAAACUAUCAAACACCAGAUAGAUAUCAACAAAUUAAUCAUGCUCUAUUUCUGAGAAACCAAAGAUGUGGUUAUGUAUUAAAACCUCAAUGUAUGUCCAGUCCAAAAUAUUCACCAUAUAACAUGUCAUCAUUUAGUUCAGUACAACCAGUUAGUUUAUAUAUGUCGAUAAUAGCUGGUAGAAACUGUUAUGGUGGUAGAACAGGAGCUACUGGUAAUCCAUUUGUUGGUGUAGAAAUAUUAGGAUUACCAUUAGAUAAACAAAGAGUUAGAACAAGUGUAGCUAAAGGAACAACUCUAUGUCCAAUAUGGGAAAAUCAGUUAUUUGUAUUUGAUGUAACCUUCCCAGAUUUGGCGUUUCUCAGAUUUGAAAUCUUAGAUGAAAGUUUGGAAAAGUCCAAGACAAUUUAUGCCCAAGCAACAUACCCACUUAAAGGUUUAAGAGAAGGUUAUAGAUGUGUUCCAUUACACAAUAUGUACAGUGAAAGAAAUGAAUUAUCACACUUAUUGGUGCAUAUAGAUCUGAGAAAUCCAGUGGAUAAUGAAGAAAAGAAUGUGUUUAAGAUGAUAGAAGAAUUGAGAAAUCAUUGUGCCUCAUUAUCAAUUUCUGAAGAUAUGAAACGACAAUUUCAAGAUACUGAGAAACAACUGUUAAAAUAUCUCGAUGAAAGACAAAGUAGAAGAAGAGGUGAAAUUUAUGUGCCAGCUAGAAGAUCAUCCUGAAGAAGAAACAGUUUGGAAGUUUUAGAAGACCUUAAUCAUGUCAUAGUAGUAGUAAGAAGUAGAUAGAAUGAGACGAGACACACAAAUCAUGAAUGAUCAUUCGAGCUUAAGUUAACAUUAAUCUAGCAAGUUUUGUAUCGUGUUCAUUUGAGCAUUUCAGGUUAGAGAGAUCAAAAACUUGGAAAAUGAUUUAAUCUCAACAAACAAGCUUUGACUUUCUGUUUGUAUGACAGAUACACCAUUGCCAAUAGGGUUGGCCAAGGACGAGAUAUAGAAGUAUCUACAGAUCAUUACUGAUACCUUUGUACAAUGUGGAUAUUUUUUUCUGAGCAAUAUUUUAUGUAACUUAACACGCUUUUUCUUAAUUCUGAAAACACUUUAAAUAAUUUUUUGCAUUUUAUUCUAUUAUGUUUCACAGAUUAUAGCCUUCAAUUAAGGAGUUGUCUCCCUUUAUGUAUAGUUAAUAUUAUUGUUAUUCAGAAAAGUAGCAUUGUUAUUCAGAAAAGUUGGUAAUAUUGUUAUACGGGAAGUUUGAUAG